AGCUGCUGAGCCGCCGAGUCAUGGCGGAGCUGGCUGUGUUGAGGGAAAGCUGUUGAAGAGUUACGUUACUUUGGAGUAGUUUAAGUAGUGGAAAUAUCGUCUUCGAAAGAGCAAGAAACGUAAGAAUGCCCUUCAAACGAACUUCGAGUCGUUUCUCUCUGAAAGUAUGCGAAAUGUGGGGCUUUCUGCCGCUGGAUUAAUGGAUUUCAGUUUUUUCAGAGUGAAGUCAACAGCUUUAUACAACAAAUAUGGCUACUUGUGUCUCUCUCAAUUUGAGAUGAAAAGCUACUCAGUCCGGCUGUUCAAAACAAUGCAGUCAAUGCCACUUUCUUCGAAGUGAUCAUUCGGAACUAUUUUUUCUCUCUCAACCUUUGCGUUUUGAGAAUUUUAACUCGCUGAAGGGUCAAGCACUGAACUUCGCUAGCUGAAAUGGAGCCUAAACACAAAGAGUUGCUAGAUCAGUACCACCAAAACUUGUUGGAGUCCAUUACAGAUGCCGAACGAGUUGUGGAGUUUUUAGUCAAAACAGGUACACUAACCCAGGUGGAGCGAUUCGAAUUGGAAAACAACUGCUCGUCAAGCUCAGAAAAAGUUGAUCUUCUACUUAAGAUGCUGAUGAGCAAGGAGAGAGACCACUUUCAAGACCUCUGUUUGGCCCUCGAGAAGACGCACCCACACCUGUAUUCUACUCUCGUCGUGAACGGUGGAGGAUCAAUGGACCAUUCCGGCUCCACUUACAGCGUCCUCUCCACCAUGCCCUCUGACUCCGAGAGCAGUAGCUCCCUCAGCAGCAUAGGUACGACGGGCAAAGCUUCGUCCCCGCCGCCGCCGGCCCUCCAGGAGCAGCGUCCGCCGGGGGAGCGGCUGGAGGCCGUGCUGUUCCAGCUGCGGCAGGUGACGCGCCAGAGGGAUGAGCUCCGCAAGCGCCUGGCCCUCGCCUCGCCCGGGACGACCUUCGACGAAUGCAGGCCGAGCGCGAAGCCGGGCCACGACUACGAGCGGCUCAAGCUGCAGUGCACCAAGGCCAUGGGAGACCUGCAGUCGCUGCAGAACCAGCACAGCAAGACCCUGCAGCGCUGCGAAGAGGCCGUCAAGGAGGCCGACUUCUACCACACGCUCCACAGCCGGGCCCUGGGCGAGCAGGCGCAGCUGAAGGAGGAGGCGGAGGGCCUGCGCCGCGACUACAGCCAGCUGCUCCGCGAGCACCAGCACCUGCAGCAGGCCUGCGACGAGCUGCGCAGGCUACGCCUCGACGACCAGAGGGAGGCCGCCGACCUGCGCAUGCUCCAUCAGCAGGUGAUUCGGGAGAACGGCUCGCCGGACAUCCUUAACAAGCUUUACGACACAGCCAUGGACAAGCUGGAGACGGCGCGCAAAGAGUACGAGGCACUACGCAAACGCUACAACGAGAAGACGGCCAAUCACAAUGCAGACCUGAGCCGUCUGGAACAGGUGGAGGAGGAGAACCGGCGGCUUCAGAAGCAGGUGGACGUGCUGCUCAAGCACCGGGACUCUGCUGUCCACUACCAGCAGCAGUGCUCCGCAGGAAUGAGGAGACUGGACGCACUUCAGCAGGAGCUAGCGGCGGCGGCGUCACGUGGUGCGGAGCUGCAGCGCGAGCUUGAGCGCGUGCAGUCGGAGGCGACACGCUCACGCACGCUCCAGCUGAAAGCGGGCCAGGAGGCCGAGAAGCUGCGCGAGGAGCGCGACGCCGUGCUCAGCGAGUACCGCCUGGUGAUGAGCGAGCGUGACCAGGUCAUCAAGGAGGUGGACAAGCUGCAGACGGGUCUGGAGGCGGCCGAGGCCAAGUUGAAGAACACGUCCAGCCAGCGUCGGGUGGCCAGCGAGGAGCUGGAGGCCCUCAGACAGGAGCUGGGCUCAGCGCUGGUGGAGCGUGACCGUGCGCUGUGCGAGCGGAACGAGCUGCUGGAGAAGUACUGCUUCGAGGUGAAGGACAAGGCGGAGGCGCAGAAGGAGCUGAGCCAGGCCUGCCGCGACAUGGAGGCCGUCAAGGAGGAGCGUGACGUGGCCCGCAAGGAGCGCACCGAGGCCAUCAUCCAGAGAGACCAGCUGCUCCGCGAGUACUACCAGGCCAGACAGAAGCAGGACUCAGCGGCGCUGGACAUGGAGCGGGCCAACAAGGAGCUGGAGAUCCUGCGUAAACAGUGCGAGGCCAUGAGCCAGGAGCUGCAGGAGGCGUCCCAGGAGGCCGAGGUGGCCAAGUGCCGGCGCGACUGGGCGUUCCAGGAGCGCGACAAGAUCGUGGCCGAGAGGGAGAGCAUCAGGACCCUGUGUGACAACCUGAGGAGAGAGAGAGAUCGGGCUGUGAGUGACCUGGCCGAUGCACUCCGCAACUUGGACGACACGAGAAAACAGAAGAAUGACGCUGUGCGGGAACUGAAGGAGCUGAAGGAGAAGAUGGAGGACCAGCUGGAGAAGGAGGCCCGGUUCAGACAGCUGAUGGCCCACAACUCCCACGACUCGGCCAUCGACACCGACUCGCUGGAGUGGGAGACAGAGGUGGUGGAGUUUGAGAAGGACAGGGAUGACAUGGAUUUGAAGGCACUGGGUUUCGACAUAGCAGAAGGGGUAAAUGAUCCGUAUUUACCAGGAGACUGUGGAAUAUUUGUUACGAAGGUGGACAAAGGAAGUGUUGCUGAUGGAAGGUUGAGAGUGAAUGAUUGGUUGUUGAAGAUAAAUGACGUGGACCUGGCCAAUAAGGACAGGAAACAGGUCAUCAAGGCCGUGCUGAGUGGGGGUGGGGUGAUCAACAUGGUGGUGCGCAGGCGGAAGUCCCUGGGCGGCCGCAUCAUCACCCCCAUCCACUUAAACCUGGCCGGCCAUAAAGACAGUGGCAUCGGCCUGGAGAGUGGCGUGUUUGUUGCGUCGGUUGCCCCCGGCAGCCCCGCUGCCAAAGACGGCUCUCUGACCAUCGGGGACCGGCUCAUCGCUAUAAAUGGGAUCGCUCUGGAUAACAGAUCACUAAGUGAGUGUGAGUCGCUUCUAAGGGACUGUCGUGAUUCGCUGAGCCUCUCACUUCUCAAGUUCUUCCCUCAGAGCCUGUCGGGUCAGAGUCUGUUCGAAGUGGCCCGUGAGCUGGACAAGAGCCCGAGCGGGAAGCUGCCCGGCGCCGAGGUCCUGGCGCGCAACUGCCGCAACCUGCGGCACAACAGCUCCACGCAGACGGACAUCUACUCCCCCGAGAGCCCGGCGUCGGCCGAGCCCAGCCCGCCCCCCUACCAGGACGUGGUGUGCUACCAGCGGCACCUCACCGCCAGCCCGCACCAGUCCAAGCGGCCGCUGACGUUCCACCCGGCCUCCGUUUCCGCGGCGACGGCGGCAACUGCCGCCGAGUGCGUCAGCGUCGCGGUGGACAUGCCCCCGGAAAAGAGCCACACGCCCCAGAGGAGCAGCGGAGGCACGUGGCCCCGGGUGCUGGCGGGAGGGCCGCCACCGUCAUCGUCGUCUUCGCCGGACGCCGCGGCGCCGCUCUCCAUCUUCCGCGUGACGGCCAAGCGGCGGAAGCCCAUCUUCGACGCCGACAUCUUCAAGCGGCCCGACACGCCCACUAAGCUGGACUACGUCACGCUGUCCAAGGCCCGGCCCCAGAGCCCUCGGACUGACGCCCCGGCCAACCCCCCGACGCCUCCCACGCGGAGCGACUCCUUCAAGUACAAGCACAAGCAGCAGAGCAGUUCGGCGUCGGACUCCACUCUCACCACCGGCUCCCCACCGUCCACCCCCUCCCAGUGCCCCCCACCAUCCGCCCCAGGAGGCCAACUAGGAGGAGAGCUCAGGACCCGAGAGGACGUAGCGGUCAGAACCGGCCCGGAGCAGGAGAUGAAGAGGCCCAGACCCAGCUCUGCCCCCGCCCCACGCCGACAACUCACCCCUCUCAAGAUCCCCAUACCUAUGCAGGCGUACGCCAAAGACGAGCGCUCUCCAGACUCCCUUGGGCCCGUCGACUUCUCCCCCACCCCACCUCACGCUCACAUGGGCUUCCCCCCGCCGGGCUACCACGGCCCUCUUCCAGGACAGCCCUCCCCUCGUGGCCUGUCUCCCUGUCCGGCUGUCACCACGGUGAUGCACAACCCUGUGUACACAGCCUGGAGCCACUGGGUCAACAGCAACACCUGCCCUCCCGCACCACACUCACGCAACAGUCCUCAGCACCAUGGCCGUCUGAGUCUGGACCUCAGCCACAAGCGCUCCAGUGAGCUGAGCGAUGGCGCUCGCCGCACUCCGCACAGCACCAACUCCCUGCCCUCCAGCGCCAGACACGGUGGGGUAAGCAGUCAGUAUCGCGCUGAGCGAAUCAAGAUCCCCUCAACGCCCCGAUACAUGCGCUCCGCUCAAGGCUCCACACAGGGCUCUGACAGAGGCUCCCUAUCCCACUCGGACUGCAGCACCACCAGUCUCAUCACCCCUCCUCUAUCCCCCCUCAACCUAGAGACCACCUCCUUCGUCAGCAGCCAAUCACAAGGCUCCAUUUCCUCCCACGUCAGGCUGUCUGUCAGCCCUGCACCAAUGGGAGACCGGAGAAAUGACAGACGUCUGUUGUGUAACAAAUCCUUUCCGAGGCUCCCUCGGCCCCUCCGGCCCAAGUUCGCCUCUCUGAGGAGCUUAAGGCCGUAUCUGGAGGAGCCGCGCGCCGUGACCAUCCACAAAGGGGCCGAGCCACUGGGCAUCUCCAUCGUCGGCGGGGAGAACGGCGGCAUCUUUGUCUCCAAGGUGACGGGAGGCAGCAUCGCUCACCAGUACCAGCUGGAGUUUGGGGACCAGCUGUUGGAGUUUAAUGGCAUAAACCUGCGUAAUGCUACAGAGCAGCAGGCGCGGCUGAUCAUUGGUCAGCAGUGUGACACAGUCACCAUCCUGGCCCAGUACAACCCUCACAUGUACCAACUGGGCAACCACUCGCGCUCCAGUUCUAGGAUUGAUCCAAUCAGCAGCCAUCCUCCGUCGCACGGCAGCGGAGCCACGCCCCCCGAUGACCACUCCACUAUCGACACGCUGAGCGAGCAGGACGAGGGCACCAUGACGCCGCCCUCCAAACAGACCACACCGACCACUAGCCCACGCGGUUCUGUCAGGCGUGUGCUCCCGGAGCCACGGCGGGUGACGGUGCAGAGGGUGCUGGGUGAGCUGGGCGUGUCUAUCUGCGGGGGCAACCUGCACGGCAUCUACGUGGAGCGGCUGGAGGAGGACAGCCCCGCCAGGGCCGCCGACGGGCUCAUGCCCGGAGACCUCAUCCUGGAGUACAGCUCAGUGAGCCUGCAGGGCCGCACAGCGGAGGAGGCGUACCUGGAGAUGCUGAAGCCCCUAGACACGGUCACCCUGCGGGUGCAGCAUCGCCUGGAGGAGUUCAACAUGCUGAGGGACAGCCCUGGAGAUGGCUUCUACAUUAGAGCACUUUAUGACCGCAUGGCUGAGGUGGAUGAGGACCUGAGCUUCAAGAAGGACGACAUCCUCUACGUGGAUGACACGCUACCAAAGGGCAACUUUGGCUAUUGGAUGGCCUGGCAACUCGACGAGAACGCACAGAGACUAGGCAGAGGCCAGAUCCCCAGCAAAUACAUGUUGGAGCAGGAGCUCCAGCGUCGGCUGAGCGUUCCGGACGGGAAGGAGGAGGCCUGCUCCAGCCGGAGCCUGUCGGCAGCUGCGCGGCGUUCCUUCUUCCGCAGGAAGAACCGACACAAGCGCAGCACGUCCCGCGAGGGCAAGGACACGCCUGCCCCCGACGCCAUCAGCACCGACUCCAUCCCCUACAUGGAGGACUGUGUGAACGUGGCCUACCAGCGCGUCCAGAAGGUGGAGUGCAUCUCCCCCAGGCCAGUGCUCCUCCUGGGGCCACUGGUGGAGGCCACCAAAGACAUGCUGGUCAAACAGGCCGAUUGCAAGUUCUGCAGAUGCCCGCUGGAGGUAAUGAAGGCAUCCCAGCAGGCCAUAGAGAGAGGAGUGAAGGACUGCCUAUUUAUUGACUACAAACGCAGGAGUGGCCAUUUUGAUGUGACCACUGUGGCCUCCAUCAAGGAGGUGACCGAGAAGCAGGACUGCCACUGUCUGCUGGACAUCGCCCCCCACGCCAUCGAGCGCCUCCACAGCGUUCACAUCUACCCCAUUGUCAUCUUUAUCCGCUACAAGAACGCCAAGCAGAUCAAGGAGCAAAAGGACCCUGUUUAUCUGCGGGAUAAAGUCUCUCAAAAACAUUCCAAGGAACAGUUUGAAGUUGCACAGAAGACAGAACAGGAGUACAGCAAAUACUUCACAGGGGUGGUCCAGGCAGGGAGUCUGGCCUACAUUUGCACUCAGAUCGAGACCAUCGUGGAUCAAGAGCAAAGCAAAGUCCUCUGGAUUCCCGAUUGAUCACCAUUUUAAAUCACACAUCGCCGCCAACACCUACAAUAAAAACAGAUAAAACACUAGAACAGCAACAACUACUACAACAACAACAACAACAACAGCGACUACAAAAACACAUCGCUGAACACUAAACAACUACAAGAACACUAAACACCUUGACCAUGUGAAGGGGUACAACAGACUAAACGUAUGUGUGUGUUGUUAAUGACAUGUUCACAUUUCUAUUGCAUUUGCAUCACUGCGGCCCCUGGCCACUUUGACACUACCGAAGCUUUUUUUUCCCUUCAGUCACAAUAGUAACACUUCAUUUCAGGCAAAAACAAACACUCGUUUACAAUCAACAACAGUUGUGUUUAUGUACUUUUGUCUUGCGUACUUGAAUGUGUUUUCUCUCUCUCUCUUUUUUAAUUUUUGAAACCUCACCCAUCCUUUAAUCCCAAGCCUCUCCCCAAUUCUGUGUUCUUUGUACUAGUCAGAGCAGACCUGUUUGAGGGUUUCAUCUUUGAUAACGUAUUAGCUACUAUUAGCCUGGGGUACUCCUAAGGAAAGAUUAUGUUUGUCGCUAGCAUGCAACAGCCUAAUGACACACGUUAUUUGUCUCUUCUUGAUUUAAUCAUGUAAAAUCUCACUGCUAGGUCGCAGACUUGGUCUAAUGUAGCAAGUGAUGAUGCUCGCUCUGUGGGAAAUCACCCAAUGUCUUUUAUUUUCUCCUGUGUGUUCCUCGUCUCUUAUUCUCGUCGAUUUUAAUGUAUCUAUUUAAAGGACAAGAAGUACUGGUGCAAUUUGUUUUGACGGUAUGGUCAUUUAAUAUUUCCCUCCUUGUUAAUUUCCGAUUAACUUUUUUUUAUAUUAUUAUUAUUAUUAUUAUUAUUAUUAUUGAUAUUAAUGUUGAUGUUAUUUAAUAUGGUUGUGUAGCUCUGAAGUGAGAUGCAGAUAUGUUACUAAAGGAUGAAUCCAGUGCUCAGUCUUAACAGAAUCCUGUCCCUCAGUAUAACAUUGUGCCAAAUCUCCAAGUCUCCCUUCUUAUUUUGGCUCUGUUUUGCACUUGAAUCUUUCCCUUCUAGCAUUUACGCUCUGAAAUAUAUUUUUGUUAUCAUAUUGCUGUUUUAUUUUAGGUACGUUGACUAGUUAUCCUGUACAAGCAAAUGCAAGUGGUGUGUGUGUCUGUGUGUGUGUGUGUGUGUAUGUAUGUGUGUGUGCGCGCAUGUGUCUGUGCACAUAUGUAAGUGUGCGUGUGUGUAUCGUCAGUGUGUUCCCCAUAUCAUGUCCCUAACAUUUCACUAAUGUCCUGUACACAAAGCAGGAAUUGUUCUCCUACUUUAAAUCAUGAAGUGAAAAAGGGAUGUUCUCUUGCACAUUUUUUUUUAUUAAGAAAAUGCUAUCCUGUGGUUGGACCAUCUAUUCACAACAAACCAUUUGGAAUCAUUACUUCAGUGAUGUCAAAAGAACUUUGCUGGGUUUUCCAGUAAGUGAUUACUGUAAGAGAGACAUUUCUCGCAAUUGAAGACACCAAAUGUGUAAGCAUUAUGCUCAAAUUGGGAUUCUUCUCAAUUAAUAGACAUGACCUCUAUCUAAUGUUAAAUUAAUAAAUACAACUUAAAUUGUG